AUGGCGGAUAACAACCACAGUGACGCCCAACGCCUCGACUAUGCAAACUGGAACAACGCCCGCCUGAUCGAGCGAAUCACCGAGCUAGAGCGCCAGUUAAAAUCUCAGACAACCCAGUAUACCCCUUCCGCAGCGACGCAUUCCGCCGCUACAGUUGCGCAUAUACCUAGCGAUGGCCAUGAGCCCGCGAUCCCGCUUGCGGGGGGCCUCUCUGGGCCACCACCGCAUAAGAAGCGAGCGCAUUCCCCCGAUAUGGAUAUUGUGAAUAUGCCUGGCAAGAACCGUGUGUUGAAGGAGGAUCGCGGCUUCGAUCCGUCGAAGUACUCUACUCGGCUUAUUGCGUUGAAGUUUGCAUACCUCGGGCAAAGGUAUAAUGGCCUUGAACAUACAAAUGGCAACUGCACACCCUUGCCUACCAUUGAAGAGAUUAUUUGGAAGGCGCUACGACGUACGAGGCUGAUUAUGCCGGAGACUAGCACUCCUGGGGAGGAACCUGAUGACGUGGAGCCCAGGGUGUUACGGCCGUAUUCUCUUCACUGGGAUGGAUGUGACUACUCGAAGGCUGGUCGGACAGAUCGUGGAGUUAGUGCUUUUGGACAGGUUAUCGGUGUUCGAGUUCGGAGUACGCGGCCCAAGCCAAAGACUCGUGUUGCGUCUUCUGGGCAAGAUGGUCUACAAGAAGGCGGGGAUGCGAUGCAGAUUGAGGAGGAAUCUGUGGAUAAUGAUUGGGAUGAUAUCGCGGAUGAAAUUUCUUAUGUACAAGUCUUGAACAGAGUACUGCCGGAGGAUAUUCGAGUCCUUGCUUGGUGCCCUAACCCUCCUCCUGGUUUUGAUGCCCGCUUCAACUGUCGGGAACGCCGUUACCGAUAUUUCUUCACCCAGCCUGCAUUUGCGCCUACCCCCGGGCCCUUUGGAUUCGAGAACCGCAUGCACAAUGGACAGGGUCCACGUGCUAAGUAUCGUGAGGGAUAUCUGGACAUCGAAGCGAUGCGUGAAGCUGCAAAGUAUUUUGAAGGAACUCAUGAUUUCCGGAACUUCUGUAAGCUUGAUACAAGCAAACAGAUCGAGAACUUCCAACGAAAAAUUCACCUCUCCGAUAUUGAGCUUGUGAACCAGAAGAAGAACCCAUUGGGCUUUAUUGGCCAACCUGGCUUCCAAGCGCAUGAAGAUGUUGCGCAGCAUGAUGUUAACAUGGAACCGGAAGAGUCAUCGGCUAUGCCUCCCCCACAGGUGUAUACGUUUACAUUGUAUGGAUCUGCAUUCCUGUGGCAUCAAGUCCGGCACAUGGUGGCUAUCCUCUUUCUGGUUGGCCAAGGACUUGAAAGCCCGACAAUCGUCCGUGAUUUACUGGAUGUGAACAAGUAUCCCCGCAAGCCAAUUUACGACAUGGCCUCUGACGCACCCUUGGUUUUGUGGGAUACUAUCUUUCCAGACCUGAAUGGAAGUGGUCGCGAGGACUCUCUAGACUGGGUGUAUGCUGGAGAUCCACGGCACAACAAGACUCGAAGUGCCAAGGGCGACAGCAAGUUUGGAAUGAAGGGUGUGGUUGACGGGUUGUGGUCGGUUUGGAGACAGCGGAAGAUCGAUGAGAUCUUGGCUGGAGCCCUCCUAGAUUUGGCCGUCGGCCAAGGCGAUCCGAGUGCUUUUGAGAACAUGGAUGGCAAACAGGGCUCUCGUAAGAAAAGUAGCCGAGGUGUUAAAGUUUGGCUUGGAGAUAAUGAUUCUCGUGUUGGCGGCAAAUACAUCCCCGUGGCUAAAAGGGACACAACAGACCUGGUGACGGUCCAAAACGCGAAGUGGUUGGCCAACAAGCAACGGAAAGUCGCUCAGAAGCUAGAAGCCGAAACAAAGAAGGAAGCGGAGGCAUAA